AUGGUGCAGCAGAUGCUGCAGCAGAUGCAGAAGAAGACCCCCUCAGCAGCUUGGAUGAUUUUCUGGCAGCAGCAGCAGAAGAAGAAGAGACACAAGACUUCGGAGACUCCGGAGACACAGGCAGCAACUUCAACUUCAAACUUGGCAGCAAAAACCGCGAAACUGAGACACAAACCACCCAGACCAACUCCUGGGAAAACGACAGCUUCCCAGGCACCCGAGACAGCAGCAGCAGCAAGAGAACUGGCGCAGCGGCGAGAAGAAAGGAGACUGCGGGAAAUGGAACUGAGUCAGAAGAAAGCCUCCAUCCAGGACCUCUACAGCACCGUCAAGACCGUCUCCCCGGGCCUCAGUAAGCCCCACAGCUAG